CUAGCUCUGCUCGCUGCAGACACCUAUUUUGUUUGUAUUCACUGCUGAAGAUAACUAAAUUACUGCAUUUAAAGAUAUGUGUAGCAUUAGAAAAGACCUUGGAGAGGGAGAAGGGACAGAAACAAGCUAAAAGGAAAAAAGUUAAAAGGAACAAAGACAGCCUGUUCUCAAGUGAUAACUUUACAACUGCCGUGCAGCUAGCAAGAGUGUACAUUUCUUAGAAUAUACAAUACUUAUUUAAAACCAGCACCUCUUGUGCAAGGAAAUGACAACUCUAAAUUCUCCAAGAGCUCCUCGAUACAUGUGUCAUAAAUGCUGCCACAGAACUACCUAAAUCAAGAGCAAUGGACUCUUCCAUUGGAGUUCCUCAGUGGAAUACAAGAUAAACAAGGGUCUGCUUGGAAUGAUCAGUGAUGAAAGUGGGGAAAUGACAGGAAAAAAUGGUACAAUUCAGGUUCAGCACCUUCUACUUUGGUUUCGAGGCAACACUUUAACUCUAUAGUGGCUCCCCCUCUCUGAUAAUCUUUUUCUGUUUGAAUGACAUUGUAAAGUUUCAGAAAAUGAGCUUCUUAGCCGAAAACAGGAACACCUUGAAUGUGACGACCGUUUCUUUCAUCCCGCUGAACCUUGAUCUCAAACUGUUCAAACAGGACUCUCUGCUGGGGAAAGCUAACGUAUCACACACCUGUAACAGGACCAUGAAUGCUGAGAACCUCUCAGACCUGUCCUGCGCCGACAGCCUUGCACCACAGUGCUUUUCAUUAGUCUCUGUCACGGAUAAGAACUGGCCAGCCCUGCUCAUUGUGAUUGUGAUCAUCUUAACUAUCGCUGGCAACAUCCUAGUGAUUAUGGCUGUCUCCCUGGAGAAGAAACUACAGAAUGCCACCAAUUAUUUCUUGAUGUCUCUUGCCAUCACUGAUAUGUUGCUGGGCUUUCUGGUCAUGCCUGUCUCCAUGCUCACAAUACUCUACGGAUAUGCUUGGCCCCUGCCUUCACAACUGUGUCCCAUCUGGAUUUACUUGGACGUGCUGUUCUCCACUGCAUCCAUCAUGCAUCUGUGUGCUAUCUCCCUGGAUCGGUACAUUGCCAUAAGAAACCCAAUUCAUCACAGCCGUUUCAACUCAAGAACUAAGGCCUUCAUGAAAAUAAUAGCUGUUUGGACUAUAUCUGUCGGGAUAUCUAUGCCUGUUCCGGUUUUCGGCCUGCAGGAUAAAUACAAAUUUGUCAAGGAUGGCAGCUGCUUUCUCACUGAUGACAACUUUGUUCUGGUGGGUUCCUUUGUGGCCUUCUUCAUCCCAUUGACCAUCAUGGUGGUGACCUACUUCUUGACAAUCAGGGCUCUGCAGAACGAAGCGACCAUGUGCUUGGAUGAACUGGUUCCCAAAACCAAAUGGACAUCCUUCAGUUUCCUCCAGCAGAGCUCCUUGUCCUCUGAAAAACUGUUCCGCAGGUCUCUGAGCAAAGACUUUGGCGUUUGCGGACGACGGACCAUACAGUCCAUCAGCAAUGAGCAAAAGGCGUCCAAGGUUCUUGGGAUUGUCUUCUUUUUGUUUGUGAUCAUGUGGUGCCCGUUCUUUGUUACCAAUGUGCUGGCCGUAAUCUGUAAGGACACCUGCAACACUUGUGUAAUUGGCGGGUUGCUCAAUGUAUUUGUGUGGAUCGGUUACCUGUCUUCUGCAGUCAACCCCCUUGUGUAUACGCUGUUUAACAAGACAUAUCGUUCAGCAUUCUCGCGCUACAUCAAGUGUCAGUACAAGGAAGAGAAGAAGCCACUGCAGCUCAUUUUGGUCAACACUCUUCCACCUCUGGCCUACAACUCCACUCAGCUCCAGCUGGGAGACAUGAACACGCUGAGAAACGGCAGCCGGAUGGAAAGCAAAGACUAUUCUGUUGUUUCCUUUGGGGUUCAUCAUUUUAAUAGUUCUAAACCCAAUGCCGGUCAGGUGACUGAGAAAAUGAGCUGCGUGUAACUGUGCUGGACUAUCAUUCAUUUUAUGUACAAGAAAGUGAAGGCAUUGAUAAAGACUUCUCGGUGAAACUUUGCCAUAUAGUUUUACAAAUUUCUUUUUCUACAAGAAAGACUGACAAUAUGGCAACCCAUAGCAUUCAUCAAAAGAGAUAUUCCACCGAGUUGGUUUGAUGAGGCUGUAUCUUACUAUUAAUAUUAAAAAUAAAACGCUUUUACAACAGAAGCCACAGCAUACACUUCAGGAAUCUUUUUAUACUGCCAAAAUAUAGUUGUAAUUGUGGGAAAGGGCAGUCAAGGUUUAUUUUAGUAUCAAUAAAGAGAAAACAAUACAAAUAUGUUUUGUUUUGCAAAAGCUACAUUUUCUACACUGAACCUACUUUUAAUGUUCAAUUGAUAUAUUUAGACAUUUUAUGUUACCCCCCCAAAAAUAUUAUCGUGUUCAUCUUGGAGAGUUGCUAAAACUUCAUUUUUCAGUGGUACACAGCAGAAAUAGUUUUAGCAUGGUAUCCCCACAGUUCCUUAAAGUGUAAAUAGUUUAAAAUUAUAGUUUAACUGAAUUUGUUCUGAAUUUGUUCUCUUUUGCUAGCAUAAUAUUGAGUUUCACAUACUUACAUCUAUCUUCUGCCAACCCCGUUGACAUUUCUGGGAGCCUGAAUUACAUACAGGAUUCCUAUGGUGGUACAGUUAGAGAAUUUCUGACAGGGCCUGGAGAAAUGUAACUAGCCCUAUAUGCAUUGCCUCUGUGACAUUCCAACAGCACUGGCCGAUUUGCAAAGGUGCCCUUGGAAAUGUUUAAGGCAAGAAAUAUAAGGUACUACUUUCAUUUCAUUUUUCAUACCAUAAAUGAUCAUACAUUUGCAAAACAAAAUGGUUGUGUUACUGACACCUCACAUGAACCAUUAUUGUCAUAGCCUUUAAAUUACAAAACAUUUCCACUUUGUAUAAAGUAACUUGUCCUGUUUAAGUAUGUAAAGUGUAUUUAGCAAUAGAGAUCCAUGUUGUACAAGACAAUGCUGUGAGAUAAAAAAAAAAAAAAAAAACAGUGUCUAGUAUAUAUUUGAGAAGCUUGCAUGAAAGUUUGGUCACCAUGUUUUUAAAACCCCUUUUAACUGCCAUCGUGAAAUAUCAUGAGCUGUCUGCUAUGUUCUGUAUAGUGCAAGAUAGUGAAAUAUUAUGGGCUGUCUGCCAUGUUUUGUAUAGUUCAAGAUAGUGAAAUAUCAUGGACUGUCUGCCUUGUUCUGUAUAGUUCAAGAUAAUUAAAUAUCAUGGGCUGUCUGCCAUGUUCUGUAUAGUUCAAGAUAAUUAUGGAUCAAAAUAAUUUAGAAGUGAGCGUGUCACUGUAGACACCUUUAAUCUCACUCUUAUCUACUUUAAAGGUCUUGUUCUUACUUUAACAGUUUUCUUUUUCAGAAGCCCUUUAAGAUUCAACUAAUUUAACUUUCAUAAAUUAUUUAACACACAAGGUAGCCUUUUCAUUUUCAUGUUUUUUUUUCAUGCAUAAUUGCUAAUGCUUGGUUAAUGCAACGCAGCUCCCAUUGGCGGAAAACAAACAUUGGGUAUGUUUCAUCUGCAGUUAAAGACAGGUUCUGAUAUUUUUAUGAUCCCUAUAUUCCAGAUUAAACAUCUCUAGGACAAACCCAACCAAUUCUCUUUUCUCACACUUCUUUGAGAGUGUAAUAAUUACUUAAUUAAUCCAAAAUGAUCGACAUACCAAUAUUUUUAUUUUGAAAAUGGUCAGGUAAAAUUUUAGUAGCAGUAUAUUUUACAACCGGAACCCCUGUUGUUGUCAUAAAUUGAUAUUCAAUAAAUAUGCCACUGUCUUAGCUACAGACAGAGGCACCCAAACAAAUAAUGAUGAGCGCAUUUCUUUUCUAUUGCCCAUUGCUCAAUAUGUUCAGCUCAGUGGCAUCUUUAUGAAAGUAACAAAAGGCCAGACUUUUUUUUUUCUGGGCCAUUACAAUAAAGUUUCCCAAAGGAAACGCUCAAGAUGUCCAGGUCUUAAAAAUACCAAGCCACACACGUAGAUAUUAAUUUACCAUAUAAAAGGAAAAAAGACAUACGGUACACUGCACUGCAGACACAUUCAGAACCAACAGAAUAUUUAUUUAAUGUUGUUACUCAACUUUAUGUCUAGCAAUUUUUCUCUUGUCUGUUCAGA